AUGUUUGAACUAAAGGUCGAGGACCUCCUAAUCCACGGAGACAGUGUCUACGACGUGAUAGACAAACAGGACCAACAGGCAGUAAGAACAGAACUGUCCCGAGCACCAACUGAUGGAGAGGACCGUGUGUUCCUCUGUCGAAUGAACGUAGCCAGGAACGCUAGAAGACAAAUGCGAUUUGGAGAUCAGAAAGUAAUACUAGUCCGCGGUCACUACGUGUCGUACCUGCCGCUGUGCAGCCGCAACGAGCCGGUGUUCCUGGCCGUGUGCACGCCGCUAGCCAUGCCCGAGACGCGCGAGUGCGUCGUGCACGGCGCCACCAACGUCUUCACCACCGUGCACGCCAUGGACAUGAAGAUACUACACAUUGAUGCCAAUAGUGAGUGGCAUUUGGGCUGGGAGAGAAGUUCGCUGCACGGCGUCAGCUGGUACCAUCUACUGCAUCCUGACUGCUGCAAGGAAGCGCAGAGUAAACAUCGGUUAAUAACGCAAUCAGAACAGGAGCGUUCCUGCAUCGCCUUGCUUCGACUGCAGCGCCGCUCUGGGCAGUUCCUCUGGGUACAUGCUGUGUUACAGCUCAAGGACAACUUAGAGAACUCACAGCGACCUGUCAUCGUGUGCACUAACCAGGUGUUAAGUGAACAAGAAGCAGCAGUCAUGAAAGCCAAUCCGUGGCUCUACCACUACUACGCAGUUCAAUCCAAACUGCACUACGGUUUGGCGUAUGAAGCUGCUACAAGGAUGUAUGGGCCACCGCCGCCAGACAUACAAGUCUACCCUCCAGCAAUGCAGUACACGCCGACUCCACCAGUCUGCAUCAAUGGCACCCAACCUGUCAUGAUGCCCAACCCUGGCAUACAACCUCAUAUACCACAUGUUCCGCCACACUUAGCCCCCAUGCACUACGCCUACGAAAGAACCGACAAUGGACCCGUCGAUUAUUCAGUUUCGCUGCAGGAAAAUAGAUACCACAAUUUACGGAUAGAGGAUACGAGGAUCCAGCCUAAUGCUAAGCGGAAAGGGAAAAGUAUAGACGAUAAAUCAAACACGCCAAUAUCAAAUAUGUCACCACGUUGUACACCUUCAACUGUCACUUCAGGGGGCGACACAUUAGUAGCUGUUUCAGCGGGAUCCAUUGCCAGUAGAAGACCGGGAUCCAAAAAUUUUAAUAUAACAGAAACCGAAAUGGUUGACCAAUGGAAUCCGAGUCCCACGUGGUCAGAAUCAGCGCUACAAAAAGUGCCUGACGUCUGUCACCAGGACCUAAGUCCUUACGUGACGACAACGCCUCCUACGCCGUCCGGGACACCUACAGCCUACACCCACAACUAUAGUCACACCUUCGUAUUCGACUGGUCACCAGAGCAAUAUGUUCCUCAUACUAACAAUAGAUGUAACACAAUAACCACAGAAAGUUCCUAUCAACAGACGUGGAAUAGGCCAAAGGACAACGUUCGCUAAUAGCGCCGAGAACUCGGUAGAUGAAAACUCCAAUCCUAAUAGAUUAAGUUUACCAAUGAGGGUCAGUAAUCCACCGCCAGCGUAUAAUGCAUCUAGGGAAGACGUACUUAGAAGGCAAAUUGAUCGACCACAUUCAGAUUCGCCGGAUGCCAAAAAGCCUGCGUUAUAACUGUAGUAUAAUUCCAUGUAAUUUCUUUAAAUAGUUAAAUAAUUUGUUACCCUGUAAUAAUAAAUUUUAUUAAUUUUAGAAAAAGCUCUGGAACUCUCCUGUGAUCUAUGUGUAUAAUUAUUUUUUGUGUAAUUAUAGAUUGUUUGUAGAUACAUAAUAUUGUCCGGUAUCAUGGAUUCUGUACAAAGUAAUGGUAUGCUAGAAAGUAAUUAGUUUUCACAUGCAAUGUGAUUUGUGUGUAUAUGAAAUGUAUAAUUUCUUGUAAAUAUUUAUAGGUAAUGUACCUAGAACCAAUACUAGUUCAUGCUUUGCUAAAUCGAUGCCGUCCAUUUUCUAGCUCCUUUUAUUCCCAGUGCUAUUCAUAAAUUAUGCGCAAACGCAAUAUUGCUUCUGGUACCGUUCAAACUGGAGGUUGCAAAUCCCUAUUGAAUAAAACAAUAGCUAGUCUGGUUUUAGCUCGUCGCUCUAAUUUCUCUUUCUGCCUUUGAAUAUAAAAAAGUAACGAUCGCAAAGUUUGUAUAAGAAGCAGUCGUUACAAAACUUUGUUUACUCCGAGC